GAGACAUAUAUGCAAAAUCUGCCCAAUAUACCCCUCCACGACCGCAUCCAUUCACCAACACAAGCCCAUUAACCAGACCAUGGCCAUGGCCUCUUCUCAACAAACCUUCCUCACCAACACUCUCUCUCCCAUCUACAGACACAAGAAGAAGCCCCUCACCUCAUUGGUAGUCUUAUGUGGGCCCACCAAAGAGAAAGAUGAUGGCCCAUCUGGUGCAAAAGAGAUGCAAUUGGCGAAAUUGGCCAUCGUUACACUCGCGGCCGGUGUGCUGACGUUGGGUUCGGUGCAUGAAGCAUCGGCGGCGAAGACGGGUGGUAGAGUCGGCGGUCAGGCGUUCCGAUCGGCAGCCCCUAAAGCAUCACCCCCUAGGAUCAACAAUUCGAGGACGAAUGUUUACAUCAAUCCACCGGUGGCCCCACCUCUUGUCGGUGGGUACGGAUAUGGAUUCGGGGUGCCAUUCUACGGCGGAUGGGGUUGGUCGCCUUUCUCAUUCUUUGCGCCGGGACCCAGUGUGGCCGUAGGCAUCGGAGGAGGAUUCGACAUUUUUGUGCUACUUAUUGUGUUUGGUGUGGUCACAUCCAUAAUUAGAAGAAUUAGGGGCCCAAGAGAUGACGAUGAGGACAACUUCUAAUCAAUGACUGUUAAUCAACAGGUUUUUGAUACUAUGUAAACUUGCAUUAGCCACUUGUAUUUGUAAUUUCAAUGUAUAGAUGAUACUGCAGUUAUGAAAUUUUAUA